AUGGAUUCAGAAGGAAGCGGUGAUAGCCCAGCAGAAAUUCAGAAGUCAAGAUCAAAGACACCCAGAAAACCCAAGGAACCCAAGGGUGCCCAACUUCUUAAACAGAAAUCUCCGGCUGAGUUUUUUGCAGAUAACAAGAACAUUGCUGGGUUCGACAAUCCAGGAAAAAGUCUGUACACUACCGUGAGAGAGCUUGUUGAAAAUUCGCUUGAUUCAGCUGAGUCAAUCUCUGAACUUCCCAUUGUAGAGAUAACAAUUGAAGAGAUUGGGAGAAGCAAGUUCAAUUCCAUGAUUGGUCUUGCUGAUCAUGAACGAGUUGAUGAAGAACUAUAUGAUGAUUUUGAGACAGUCAAGGCUCGUGAGAAAAGGCUUGCCAAGGAAGCACGACUUCAAGAGAUUCAAGCAAAGAAUGCUUCUGUGGGGAAGAAAGUCAAACUACCAACGAUUACAAAGCCCUUGAAAAGUCGUGAGGCCUCAUAUUUCCGGGUGACUUGUAAGGAUAAUGGAAGAGGAAUGCCUCACGAUGAUAUACCAAAUAUGUUUGGGCGAGUUUUAUCCGGAACGAAGUACGAUCUGAAGCAGACGCGCGGAAAAUUUGGACUUGGUGCCAAGAUGGCAUUGAUUUGGUCCAAGAUGAGUACAGGACUGCCCAUUGAGAUCUCUUCAUCAAUGAAGAGCCAAAAUUACACUUCAUUUUGUAGGCUGGAUAUAGAUAUUCAUCGGAAUGUUCCUCACAUUCACGUUCAUGAGAAAAGAGAGAACAAGGAAAGAUGGCAUGGAGCUGAAAUUCAGAUAGUUAUUGAGGGAAAUUGGACAAGUUACCGUUCCAAAAUACUGCACUAUAUGCGUCAAAUGGCUGUCAUCACCCCCUAUGCUCAAUUUCUUUUCAAGUUUCUCUCAGAAACGCCAGACAAAAAUGUCACUGUAAGAUUUGCUAGGAGGACAGAUAUAAUGCCUCCGAUUCCUGUGGAGACAAAGUACCAUCCUUCUGCUGUUGAUUUGCUUUUGAUCAAACGACUUAUUGCUGAAACUUCAAAGCAGAACCUAUUGCAAUUCCUUCAGCAUGAGUUUGUAAAUGUUGGGAAAGCCUAUGCUGAGCGAUUAAUUGGGGAAAUGGGUUCAGAAUUCAGCCCAAAAAUGCCUGUUAAAUCUCUGACCGCACAGCAAAUUGUUCGCAUGCAUCAGUUGUUCCGUCAAGCCAAAUUUGAUGAUCCCAGUGGCAAUUGUCUUAGUCCUGCGGGAGAAUACAAUCUGCGUUUAGGAAUUAUAAAGGAGCUGCAUCCGGAUAUGGUCGCUACAUAUUCAGGAAGUGCUCAAGUAUUCGAAGGCCACCCAUUUAUUGUGGAAGCUGGAGUUAGUGUGGGUGGCAAAGAUGUUAAACAGGGGCUCAAUAUUUUCCGAUUCGCUAACCGGAUUCCACUUCUGUUCGAGCAAGGUGCCGAUGUUGUCACCAGGACUGCUAUAAAGAGGAUCAAUUGGAACAAUUACAAGAUCAAUCAAACACAAGAUAAGAUUGGUGUCUUUGUUAGCAUUGUAAGCACCAAAAUUCCUUUCAAAGGAACAGGAAAAGAAUACAUUGGUGAUGACAUAAGUGAAAUAGCCUCCGCAGUAAAGACCGCUAUUCAGCAGUGCUGCGCACAGCUAAAAUCCAAAAUAGUGAAAAGAAUUCAGGCUCGUGAGCAACAAGAGAGAAAACGGAGUUUGAACAAGUAUAUUCCUAAUGCUACGAGUGCUAUAUAUGAUAUGUUAAAGGAUAUGUCGCAGUCACGUGCUUCCAAGAAGAAACGAUAUGAAGCCAAGGAUGCAGAGUUACUAAAUCAAGUUUCAGCUCGUUUAGUGACAAAAGAAACAUUGAAAGAAAAGCUUGCUCAACAUGUGGAACAGGUCGACUAUGAGAUGGCACUGGAAUAUGCGACGCAGACUGGAGUGAAUGAGGAACCUAGAGAGGAUGUAUACAUACAGCCUUUGGAGGCUGUAGAUAAAUUCACUGAUUUUGUUAGUCCUAUAUUUGUCUUCAGAUUCAUCCAUUAG